GUGACAUACAUAUCAACAACAUCAACCGCUUGAUAUGAGUCUUAGCCUAUCAGUUCUGCCAACAAUCUGUGCAUCGCAGCCCUUUCCGGCCACCGAAAAGAAACCUCGGAGCCCUUCCGACGGCCAUGGUGGACCCCAUGCAUCAUGCCUCAGAUUCAAGCGUCGGGCCUGCAGGAAGAUGCGUCCCAGCCACCUCCAGCAGAGAAUAACUCAGAGAAGAACGGAUCCAGCCAUUCUGUUCGUGAAGACGAGAUCCCAGCAUGCCAGUCGUGUCGAAAAAGGAAGCUGAAAUGUUCUCGUGAAAGUCCGAGCUGCUCUCAAUGUACCAGAUUAGGAUGCACGUGCCAAUACGAGCGAAGAGAUAAGCCCGGUGUGAAAAGCGGUGCUAUUGAGGCCUUGAACAGACGUCUUGAGGUGUUGGAAAGGAUCCUCCUCGAUGGCGAAGGCAACCAGAAACAGUCAGGAAAUGAGCAUGGCUGCAUUUACCACGCAUCAAUAUUGCUUGCAAAAGAGCUCCAACCCCAGACCGGCCUGCUUGGUCGAGCCCUGAGCGGUAAUCACGAUGCCAGGGAGAGUCUUCAGUCUUGCAGGGACAGCGAUUCCAUUGCGAAGGAUACAACCGAAACUCUUGAGAGCGAAGGUCCAUCUAGAAAACGCAAAAGGGGUGGUUCAAUGAAUGGACGUCAGACACCCACUGAUGGCGACGAGGCUCCUAGUUCCUUGCCAUCGGAUAAGAUACUGAGCGCCACUAUCGAUGCGUUCUUCUCUAGUACACAUCACUGGAUUCCUUUCCUUCACCCAUUACGGUUCAGGAGAGAUAUCGAAGACCCUCACAAGCGAACCAAGCUCGAGCUCAUUCUGCACGCAAUCGUGUAUGCUUCAAUGCAUCGUUUGGAUCUUGAAAAUCUCAACAUCGAGAAGUCAGAUAUAGAGCGUCAAGUGGAGCUUUCCAGAAAUACCGUGAUUUUGAAUGCGUUGGAUAGUCUGACUAUAGAGAAUGUACAGGCACUGAUCAUUGUAGCAUCUACUGCAAUCAUCACUGGACAGGUGUGCAAGGCUUGGUCCAUCAUCGGCUCAUUGACGAGAACUGUCGAGUAUCUACAGCUCACUGUUGAACCGGAUACUUUACAGCGCGGCUCCUUGUCAGCUCCGCUUUCACUACUGGAUAGUCCGGUAGAUUGGACAGAGUCAGAGGAUCGAAGGAGAGUCUUCUGGAAUGUAUUUCUCUUAGACAGGUUCUGUUCUAUAACCACAGGAUGGAGCACAAGCUUAACAUCAGACGACGUGCAACGUCGGCUCCCUUGCGAUGGCGAGCUGUGGCAUAAAGGAACACCUGCUUUGACUCCAUACUUUGGGAUCUGGAACAAAGCAGCUGCAAAGAUCGGCAACUCCGUUGCUUAUAUUCCAGCCCACUACCCCACAUCGGAGCAUGAGACUGAUCAUCGAAGUCCCACUGCAACCUCGUGCGUUGGACCAGUGGACACUUCGAAACUCGGUGCUUUUGCCUAUUGUAUUGAAGCGACAGAAUCUCUGAGUCAAGUCACAUCUUUCUUCUUGCAGCAGAGAGUCAAUUUUCGUGAUGCUUCCGAAUUUAGUAGUUGGCUCACAAGGUUCAAAGAGCUGGAUUUGCGGCUUGUUCAUUGGAAAAUGUUCCUCCCUCAAAAGUGGAAAGACUCGAACGUCUCACGAGACACCGCCCUCAUCAACAUGGAUCCAAACCUCACUCUUGCACACAUAACUCAUAACACGUCCAUGAUACUUUUGCACCAGCACAUUGCGUACCCUCCACCUGAUUGGGAUGGUCUCGUUAAACUCCCGAGCUCCUGCAGCGCAGACACUUGCCAAUCCGCAGCGAUUGAGACAGCAUCCAUUGGUCAGAAAUAUUUGAAACAUACUGAAAUUGGCAUCUUGAGCAGCCAAUUUGCACUCUGCAAUUUCGUUGCUGCAAGGAUACUGCUUGUCCACUGGCGAUUCUUCAAUAACCCUCUUCUUCCCGAAUACUUCAUUCUAUUAGAGAACCUCGAGCGGAUGUCUGAGCUCUGUCGAGGAGCCACCGACUCCUCCGAGCACAACACCAUCCACCCCUCAAACCUAGAUCUAGCCUGCAAAUACCUUUUGCAUCUGCAGUGUUUGCACCAAAAAUGUUCUGGUCUUCCAAACUUCCGCUUAGACCCGAACUAUGGUGGCCUUCUUCCUCCUCUUGCUAUUCCACCUCCCUUGGCAGCCACAUCUUCAUCUCCGCGUCCUCGAUUGACCGCCCCUAACUAUCUCAGGCAGCUCAACCAGUCUGGACAGAGCCCUCGCGACGGUGCAAAUACAUUCGGCCACAUGUAUGGGACCUCCACUACAGUUCCUUUCGCAACACAGUCGCCCACCUCAGCAAUAUCUCCGCGCUCACAGACCCACAUUCGACGUCCAACUGGAUUGUCGCCCACUUGGUACGCAAACCUCAACAACACCGAAGAUAGGAGUGCAGGAUUGCAGAGUAUGCAUCAAGAAGUGAAUGGUCACACCAGUCAUGAUACAGCAGAGUUACUUGCUGUGUCGAAUCUGUUGAUGGAUCAAGAAUUCUUGGAUAUGGAUCGGGUUAUUACGCUCGAUGACAUGGAUUUUGCGUUGGGCUUUGAUCUGUGGAAUUAUGCUUAGAUCUUGGAACAAUGAGGUCUUACUUCACAAAAAAUGGAAACUGUGCUUAAGUCGCUUACACCUCAAC